UCCAGCAGCAGAGAAGGGGAGAGGCUCUUUGUGUGAGAUGGGGGACGAUCGACCUUUUGUGUGCACCGCCCCAGGCUGUGGACAGAGAUUUACCAAUGAAGACCAUCUGUCAGUCCACAAACAUAAGCAUGAGAUGACCCUAAAAUUUGGUCCUGCCAGAACUGACUCCGUCAUCAUCGCAGACCAGACCCCCACGCCCACCCGCUUCCUGAAGAACUGUGAGGAGGUGGGUCUGUUCAAUGAGCUGGCCAGCUCCUUCGAACAGGAGUUCCGGAAGGCCCAUGAGGACGACCAGAGGAACAAAAACCCGGUGAGGCUCCCCACCCCUCAUCUUCUGGCCCCACCCCUACAGACCCUGUCUGGGGUGAAGGAGGAGGAUGAGGGGCCUCUGGAGGUUGACUCCUCCCCCCCAGGCAGUCCUGACUCCACCUCCAGCAUGUCGGACAGUAGCAAGGAGCCAAUGGGGAGAGGAAAGGAGACUCUUCCUCCUCCACGGCCAGUGUUGAGCUCCACCCCCACGCCAACCAUUGUACGGCCUGGGUCCCUUCCCAUUCACCUUGGUUACGACCCCCUGCACCCGACACUGCCGUCGCCGACUUCUGUCAUCACACAAACCCCACCCUCCAACAGACAACUGGGCUCUCCGACAGGCUCCUUCCCACUGGUAAUGCAUCUCCCCAACGGACAGACGGUUCCUCUCCUCCCCAGCCCAAAUAUGACCUCAGUCAUAUCUCUGGCGAGGCCAUUUAAUAUGGUGCCCAACAUCCCUGGGAUUCCAGGCCCUCCGAUUGGUGGGACCAGCAGCGGCUCCUCCUCCCCAUCUGGGUAUAGUCUACACUCGGAGGCCAAGAUGAGGCUGAAGGCGGCGCUGACCCAGCAACAGCAUGGCCCGGGGAGCCAGCAGCCCUCGCAGCAUUCUGACACCCCCUCACCUGCACAGCCACAGGUAUCCCCGGCCCAGCCCACCGGGGGUAGGAGGCGGCGGGGUGCGGAGGCCGACCCAGAUGAGAGAAGGCAGCGCUUCCUGGAGAGGAACAGGGCGGCGGCGUCUCGCUGCCGACAGAAACGCAAGGUUUGGGUUGGCUCACUGGAAAGGAAGGCAGAGGACCUGGCUACCAUGAACGUCUCUUUGACCAAUGAAGUGGGUCUGCUGAGGAACGAGGUGACACAACUGAAACAGCUGCUACUGGCCCACAAAGACUGCCCUGUCACCGCCAUGCAGAAGGCGGCUGCCUACUUAGCUGCAGGAGGAGAGGAGAGCUCCAGGGAUCCCCCCUCCGAGCCUACGGGCUCCACAGCCUUGGCCAUCCAGCACGGGCCUUCGGCCCCUGUCCCCAGCCCUGGUGCCAUCACCGUCAACGGGCUGAGCGUAUGCGCGGCUGAGGCAGUGGCCAUGUCGGUCCUGGCCGGGAUGGGGGCGGCCCACCAGGGAGGGGUCCUCAUGGCGCCACAGCCUCAGCCCGCCCCCAGAUGAUGCGCAGGGAGCCAAUAAGAACAUUAGGAGGCCGGACUGGUACAAUUAUGUGAGCGAUUGAAAGGGACCUGAUUUGAAAUCUGAAAUCCCACCAGUUGUUAAUAGAAGGGGGGGUGAGAAGUACUGUCUCCAACCUAUGCUCAGACCUUGGAUACAGUGGCAGCCAGGAAAGGAUGUUGGGAGUUGACAUCCUGUCAAAGCCACACAAACCCCCCACCCUACCCCCCCAAACACACACACACACACUCGCUCACAGCCAAUGAUAAUCACUGAACAUACCGAGUCGUCCCGCCCCUUUUGCCCCUUUUCUGAUGGAUCCCUGCUUGGAAGCACUGUCAUUGCGUAUGUACAUACUCACACCCCGUGACAUACACACACUCAAUCACUGAAUGUAGUGUGUUUUUGUCUAUUUGCAACUCUCCCCUGUCUACAGUGUAAAUCUCUCCUUACAUAUUUAUCUUCUUCAUGCAGCUAUUAAUCCAUGGGGAAACUUUUUUUAGGGCUGAAUAAGCGUGAGAUAUUGUUUUCCCUUUGUCAUGGAGUGAGCCAAAGUAUGAGUAUAUUCAAUGUCUGGCCUUUUUAAAAAUUUGUAUUAUUAUUAUUAUUAUUUUUUUAAUAGGAAUUCUGCAUUCUGACAAUGUGUAUGAAACCCUUAUUGACUGCAUGGAUAUUAGAGGAGAUUGAUGAAGACCACUGUCUGUGCUGGUGCCUGCUCAUAUUAUUGCUGGUUUUUAUCAUACUGCUUUUCUCUCCCACAUUUUAAAGUGAUAUCAAAUGACUGAUGCAAACAAUGACAAUGUCCUAAUAUAACACUUGAAAUGGUUAGGUUUUAGAUUAUACUUUAUGGAGUAAUCAACAAACUUUUCAUUAGAUUUAUAAAUCAUUUACCCAGGCUAGGUUGAGGAAAAAGUAGUGCAAUAUAUUUUUAUAUUCAAAACAAAUAUUAAUGUUCCUGCAUUUAGCUAAAACGUGUGUAGUGAAUACAGUGGUAGAAUGGUUUGUUCUAAUUCAAUGAAAACCAAUUACAUUCUAAAUGAUAAGAGAAAAUGUAAAUCUACGACAUAUUCUUGAAUGCAAAUCUCGAUUAGGGGACGUCUAUUAAGAGAAAAUGUAAACCUACGACAUAUUCUUGAAUGCAAAUCUCCAUUAGGGGACGUCUAUAUGACGAUCAUGUCCUACUCUCGGGUGCUUUCCAACAUUUAAAAAACUAUACUGUCUUUUGGAGUAUAUCACUUUUGUAAGACACGCCACUGAAAUAUUUGUUAUAAAAUGUCAUUGAGUGAUGUCUUUUUUUCUUCACAUUUUGUGUUGAGGAAUACCUUGUUUGUUUAAUCUUUUUUUAACAUGUCAAUGCUCUAUUCAUCAUUUUGUUAUUGCUGUAACUGAACCCUGUGUCACGUUACCUUUCCCCUUGUGUUCUGUCAAGAGGAUGGAUAUAUCUGUCUUCAACAGUGAACCCAGGAUGUAACCUCCCACAAACUAUUAUGGAAUUUGUCUCCAAUCCGUCGAGAGGGUGUUUUUGCCCAAAAUAAUUACACCUCAAGGCGGGGGAAAUUUAACUUGUGUAUAGUCUCAACUAAUAAAAGAUCUCCGGCAAAAUAAAUAAGUUACUGGCAACAAGG